GGAGCCCUCAGAGUUUCGUCAUCCGCGCAUCAAUCGAUCGAGCGAUCGAUCGUCGCGUACUCCUGCCGCGUUGCCUCAUCACGGUUCUCGGUUCGCUCGGUGGCGUUCGGUUCUUUCAGCUGCGGCCACAAGCUGCUGGGCCACAAGCUGGCCACUGACCGGUGGGCGCGCUAUCGCAAAACGGUGGACCCCUUGGCGGGUGUCGUACUGUUGAAGAAAAACUCAAUUAGUGGCCGCAACCGCGAGGGACGGUUACCCCCGAUGCAGUUCUAGUGGCCACCCCCCACCAGGCCGAGGCGAGUCACGUUCCAGUGAACAGAGUGCCCGCCUGAUUGCGCGGUGUGUAGUGUGAAGCCGAUCCUUUCUCGUCGGUUCCAAAGUUCUUGUCACCAGGCGAAAGAUGAACCUGUUUCUGGUCGGUGCGGGCCUCAUUGGGUCGCUGUUGGUUCUUUCGACCGCCGGCGAACAUUUGGUCGAAUUCGUAUCGAACUAUCAGCAGAAAGCCGAGAUCGACUACUCCUUCCGGUACUACAUCGAUCAUCCACCGACCGGCGUGUCGUUGGAUCACUGGGAGAAUCGAAAGGGUGACUACGUUCACGGUGGUUACGGUGUCCUCGAGCCGGGGGGAUUCGUCCGAACAGUUCACUACGAGGUCGAGGGCGACAGUGGCUUCCGGACGAUCAUCAAAACAACGGCCCCCGGAAGCUCCCAGCAGUACAGUAUACACAGUGCGGGGAGGAAGGUGCCACCACCAGCACCGUUAUGGUACACGAAGCCAGUGGCGUUUGUGCAAGGAAACCAUAAAUCGUAGAACCGUACCUUUCUUAAGCAGCUGAUACCGCGGAGUCGUUACCCAUCGAUGCCAGGUUAUUUCGUGACCAUUGCUAGGUGAUAAGAUUAUUGUUUGUUUGUUUAGGGUGUUGUUAGCCGAAUUUUAUUAAAUGUUUUCGUAUAGCAUAGUGUUGCGCAUAAUGAAUUGGAUUUAGUUGAUUUGUGCAGAAUGUUGCUAAUAAAU